CGCUGCGGUCGCGUGCUCGUACACAUGUUUACGUUUUGGCAUGUCUAGAGGUAGGCGGAAUUUUGUGGUAUGUGUGCGAGUCAAGGACUUCAUUACAACUGCAUAUUAUAUCUUUGUUUGUGCUAGUCCCAAGUUUGGAGCUGUUUAUGAAGUGUUGAACCCAGGACCGACGUCUGGGUGUUCUGGUUACGCUUUAUACACUUGUGUUGCAGGCAGAAGAUUUCAUUUGCCCUGUCAGGAGCUGACCACAGAUUAUCGCCACAGGAAAGGCCACAGGGCCAGAGACAUUACGGUUGUUACAACUCACUGACUGAUCGUCUGCUCCCAGUGACCAGCACAGUACAUCGGUACAGGCCUGUUGUGCUCAGUCUCGUGAGGUGUCGUGAGUGACCAGAUGAGCACAGACAUGAACGGUCAUCAGAACCCGGCCUUCUCCAGCCACAUCAACAUAGCCAACACAAGCCAACAUGACAAGCUCGUGGGAGGCUUCAAAAGCUCUCGCUGGAAUUCUCUACUAGAGUCAGAGGCUGAGGAGAUUGUGACCCAAUUUCAGGCCCACGGAGGUCGGAAGGGUGAGAGACAUGAGGAAGUGGAGUAUGCCACGUCGUUUGGACACCAGUUGGCAACAACAAUCUUCUUUGCCAUCAUCAUCAGUGCCAUCUACUGGCAGUUGGAGGAAAAACCAGGCUCAGGCUUUGCAGACAGGAAAGGCGUUUUCUUUUUCCUGGUUAUGAACCAGCUGUUUCUCAACAUGUCAGCGGUAGAGGUUUUCAUCAACGAGAGAAAGAUUUUCAUGCAUGAAAACAUCAGCGGCUUCUACCGAGUGUCCGUCUACUUCCUGGUCAAGAUUUUCUUCGACAUGUUGCCACUGCGACUCAUCCCAGUGGUUGUUAUGUCCCUCAUUGUCUACUUUACCGUGGGCCUACAGAUGGGCGUAGACCAUUUCUUCUUGUUCAUGCUGGGUUUGUUCUGUGUGACAAUGUCGGCAGCCAGCCUCUGCUUCUUCAUCAGCUCCACUGUGCGGGUGUUCGCUGUAGCACAAUUGUUGUUGGCACUGUGUUAUGUGCUGAUGAUGCUGUUCGGAGGCUUCCUCAUCAGCCUCAGCUCCAUUGGGGUCUGGGUCAACUGGGCCAAGUACCUCAGCAUCUUCAAGUACGGCUUAGCGCUGCUGUGCAUCAACGAGUUCAAGGACAGGGCCUUCUGCUCCAACGCCACCACCUGUGAUUACGGAAAUUUUUUUCUGGAGCAACAAGAGAUCGACUACAAGGAUUCCUGGGAUUUCUGGCACAACUAUGUUGCUCUUGGCCUCAUAGCCUUCAUCUUACUGGCCUUGACCUACAUCCAGUUGCGACUCAUGAAGAAACAUAACUGAGUUGGCCACAGACAACAAUGAUGUUUCCAUCAUUCCGUUGGACGACUUUUACAGACUCCAAGACAGAAUGGUAGCUAGUUAUACAGGUUCCUGACAAUCAAUACCAUAAUAAAAAUUCAAUGGCAUGUUUUCAUGCACAUAUGCAUAGUUACACAGACAUGUAAACACAUGCAUGCGUGCGCACGCACGCACGCACGCACGCACGCACGCACGCACGCACACACACACACACACAUACAAAGUUCGACCGACGCACGCACGCACGCACGCACGCACGCACACACGCUCCGUAGAGAUACAAUGGAGAAGGAUGAUGACGACAGAGAUAGUGAACUCAUCCAACGAGCCGGCAAUCUC